AUGCAUUUGACGUCUUCGUGCGUGUGACGUCAGUGCGUCAGCUGGUUUAUGUUUACAUCGCAUCAAUUUUUUCGCAGUGAAGUUAGACCUUAUUGUGCCCGGAUCCAAAUACACGACAUACGCGUUAAUGUAAUCGAUGGACAUUGCUGGUUUGCACGAGACAACCGCUGAGGUCCGAAAUCACACGACAGUGAUAGACACACCUCAGGACUGUCCUUAGAAGCUCUUCUGCUUUCAUCAUGGGUGGAGCCGUGAGCGCGGGUGAGGAUAACGACGAGCUGAUUGACAACCUGAAGGAGGCCCAUUACAUCCGCUCAGAUCUGGUGGAGAGGGCCUUCAGAGCCAUUGACAGAGCAGAGUAUUACCUGGAGGAGUACCGUGACAGUGCUUAUAAAGACCUGGCCUGGAGGCAUGGAAACCUCCAUCUGUCCGCUCCAUGCAUCUACUCGGAGGUGAUGGAGGCCUUGGACCUGCAGCCUGGCCUGUCUUUUCUCAAUCUGGGCAGUGGGACGGGCUAUCUCAGCACCAUGGUGGGCCUUAUACUGGGUCCGUUUGGUGUGAAUCAUGGUGUGGAACUGCAUGCAGAUGUGGUUGAUUAUGCAUAUCAGAAACUUGACCACUUUAUCAAAACCAGCGACAGCUUUGACAAGUUUGAGUUCUGUGAGCCGACCUUUGUGGUGGGGAACUGUCUGGAGAUCCCUCCGGAGAGCCGGCAGUAUGACAGGGUGUACUGUGGAGCAGGAGUUCAGAAAGAGUAUGAGAACUACAUGAAGAACCUGCUAAAGGUUGGCGGGAUCUUAGUUCUCCCCUGGAGGAGAAGGUGUUUGACCAAGAUCACCCGCACAGGUCAGAGCUCCUGGGAGACCAAGAAAAUCAUCGCUGUGACCUUUGCCCCGCUCGUCCAGCCCAAACAGAAUGUCAACGGCAGACCUAGGAGCGUUCCUUUACCCAUUUUUGAGGUGCGGACAUUGCAGGACCUGUCCCGGAUUGCUAUUCGCCACACUCUGCGGCAGCCCAUAGCUAUGGGGGAAGGACGCACAAAGAGACGGGUGUCUUUCCCAGGGGCCCGGGCCAUGCACCGCUACGGGCCCCGCUUCGAACGCCGCCGCUUCUGCCGCCGUUUCUACCGCCAGUGCGUCAACUCCGUGGUUCUCCACGACUCCAUGAUUCCCACAGCCAUGGAUGACUGCAACUACCCCGGAGGGGUGGAAGAGGAAGAAGAGGAAGUGGAGGAGGAAGAGGAAAGGGGUUGCCGCCGAGUGAGAGAAGACCUGCCCGAGGAGGACGAGGAAGGAUGCAGCGGCACCGAAGAGGAGAAAAGCAAAAGCGGCUGCGCUCUUGCAGAGCCUCCUGUUAAUAUUCUGAGGGAGAAGAUUCUAAGACUCCCGUUACCUGAACCCCUGAAGAUGUAUCUGCUGUAUUACAGGGAGAAAUGAGACGUGGCGAGAGAUAAUACAUGCAGUGUAGCGCUAAGACGAUUAGACGUGAAGAAAAGCCUUUCUCCUCUUCCUCCUCCUCUCAACUGGAUUAGCAUGACAAUUAAGUCCUCAAUUAAUGGCAUCAUGAUAUCCAUGUCCCUUUGAGAAGCAAAGCUCCUUGAUUCGGGAUGUACAGAGAUGGAACUGAAGGACUGAGCUCAUUUCCUGAAUAAUCAACGUCGCCUGAGCUCAUGCAGCUCUUUUUUAAUUCAGUAUUCCCCUCGAUAGACAUGAUCAAAGUGUACGAUACGAUACAUUGUCCCUGUGGGAAAUGCUUGUUGCUGUGAGCUCUUUUAGAGUAGCAUCGCUUUGGAAAGUGGCAUAGUUUGACAUGGCGGAUUGAUUUUUUUUUUUAUUGCUUUAAGGUGCGGUCACAAUUACCCUAGCUUGGUGAAAUCCAGUCAUUUCAAUAGGAAUAUGCGCGACUGGGAGUUUCGCGCAAGGAUGGAAAAGCUCCUCAUGCAGAUUUCGUUCGUGUUCAUGUUGGUCAAGCGAAUUCCCCACGACAAAAAGGAAGCUGCUUGGUUUGAAGUGACUUCUGUGUGAGCGGUGCUUCACGCGAUUGGAGUUUCGUGCGAGUACGUAAAAAUUCCUCAAGCAGAUUUCAUGUCUACGUUGGUAACGCAAGUUUGCCGUGUUGACUUGAAAAACUGCUUGGUUUGAAAGUGACUGUUCUGACAUUGGACUUUCUUUGCUUGCGAAAUUUCUCUAAUGUGGCCGCACCUUUACACGAGACCCCAAAGUUGGCCCUGUUUUCCUUGCCUCUACUGUGUUCUCCAAAAUACUGAAUAACAUCUGCAUGUGUACUGCCGUAGCGCACCCGCAUUUUGUCAAUAUUGGAGUUUGUGGUGGUAUGAUGCAUUUUAUUAUGUAAACUCGAUUACCGUUGCUGGUAGCGUUACAUUUGACGCAGCAUUGUAACUUUAUUCCACACUUGUAUGAAGGCAGAGUGUCAUAUCGCAAGCUUUACAAAUACAAUUGUAAAGGUUGUGUGAAAAUAAAAAUACAAAUUUUUAGUAAAAUUCUAUUUAUUGGUAAUCACCAAAAAUUGAAGGUAUAUGAAGCACUUGGGUAUUUUUCACGAAUUCCAAUCGUUGUGCUCAGAAUCUUUGGCCCUACUCAGGAAUACUUUAGAAAAACAUUUUAUUUCAUUUUUUAACUCCUUCACAGAACAAGAAGACCAAAAUGUUAGGACCUUUCUAUUUUUUGACCAAAAAUGUUGAAAAUGAUCUGCUUUUUGUAUAUCACAGUGGUGGUAAAAAGACCUCUGUACAGGAAGACUAUUCUGAGCAUACAAUGGUAGGAUCUGGCAAUUCUAUGAUCCCAGGUUCGAUUUCUACACAUUUCAUCAGUUCAGGAGCAUUUUAAUUUAGUUCUCUUUGAUGAGACCAAUGCUUAGGUAGCCCACAAAAUUCAGGAUAUAUUGUCAUAAGGAAAGUCUUUACUCAUCUGAGGUACAAGCAUAUCUACCAGGUUUUGCUUGAAGCGAUUGUGUGCUUGUAGGUGACAGAACCUUCAAUAAAGUUUGAGUUUGCACACUAGACAACACAUUGUUUCCGUUCAUUUUAUGUGUAUUGUAGUUGCAGUAUGUAAAAAUGUUUUAUUAAGUGGAAAUAAUACAUCAUUUGAACACUCAUUUAUUGUAGUUUGAGAAACCAGAAUUAGGAUGUUUAGCUCACAAACCCUUUCAGCUUCACUUAUUCUUCAGCUCUGAUAAUACAUGAACAAUGUAACAUUUUCGCUACCACAAUGUGCAUAUUAAACAAUAAAAAAAGUAAACUUGUUUUUCCAUUUUCUGUC